UGGAUUUCAGUGUACAAUUUACCACAGGAUUUCCAAGAAAAAAGCUUACAUUUUAACAUUUAAAAUGCUCUGGAUGAGGCUACAGGGAGGUCCUAUUUGCCACAGACAGUCAUACAUGUAAAAUAAGGUCAGAGGAUGUCACCAGCCAAGCUUUAUAUUAAAGGAGGACAGCAGAGCAUGGGUUUGUUCACUGAAGAGAGAAAAGCUCAGCUGUGCUCCAUAAGCUUUACAAUUCAGCAGUAUGAAAAUCAAGGCACUGAUUCUCUUCAUGUCUGCAAUGAUCUGUCAGUCCACAGCUUUGAGAGCACCAUUCACUGACAUGGAUACAUCUGAGCCCAUUCCAGACUCCAAGCAGACCAUGGAGCGGAGGCAGUUUGACGAGCCCAGCACUUCGGACGACGCAAGCCUUUGCUUUUUCUUCCAAGAAAAAGACGAAUCGAGUCAUAUUUCAUGCAAACAUCGAUUAACACGCAGUAAAUUCAACUACAACCCGUUUGGGCUGCGUUUUGGGAAGCGAAAUGAAGCGACAACGACUGACACUGACAGACACAAGCACCUGCUGCCAAUGAUGCUUUACCUGAGAAAACAGUUAGAAACUUCUUGAAAAUCCCUCUUCUAUCAGAUGGAAGGAUGCGGUUUGCUUGGUUGAAAACUGUGGGUAAUUAUUUCAGGCACGCUUUGCCUGUUAUGCUUUUUUAUUUCUCAGUCAUGGAAUUUUAUGGCGCACUUGUUUC